UAUGUCAAAUUUCACUAGAAGAAUUUUACCGGUUAUUCUAUUUUCUCUUUAUUUGUUUUUGUACCAUUCUUACAUGAUUGGAUUUAUAUUUAUGGACCCUACACUAACAGUAGCUCAAUUACUUCUUUAUACACUUAUAUUUAAUGGGUUUUAUUACAUGAUGGUAUGGUCAACACUGGCCACAAUGUUUCAACCCUUACCUGUCGUACCCGAAGAAUUUAGAUUGACACCCUUGGAAAUAAAACUUUAUAGUCAUAGUAUUGUUGAAAAAAAACCUCACAUCCUUAAAUUUUUUUAUGAGAAAAAGGGUCUUAUUGUCUUAACCAGAACUGGAAGAGGAAAUUUGAGAUAUUGUGGACAUGAGUUUCAGUUUAAGCCUGAUAGAGCACAUCAUUGUUCCCAAUGUAGCAUGUGCAUCUUGAAAAUGGAUCACCAUUGCCAAUGGCUGAAUACUUGUAUUUGUCUAACUAACCAAAAAGGUUUCAUACUUACAAUGGUUUACACCUUUUUUGUAUGUUUCUUUUACGUAUGUUCUUCGUUCAAUAGGUUUGUUAUAUUUUGGACCGGAGAUAAACAAGAUAGAACGCAUCAUUUUUACCCUUUGGUUACAGGUUUUAUUUUAGCCUUGACGUUAAUACCAAUAACAGCAAUUUUCAGUAUGUUCCAUAUCGGACUCAUAGUUCAAAAUAAGACACUUAUUGAAGAUGUUAGGCCACCCAUCUUUUUUUCUGGCCAGGAAACUUUUGACUUGGGUGCCAUUCCAAAUAUAGCACAAGUAUUUGGUUACAGUGUGUUACUGUGGCCGCUACCAAUUUUCAAUCAAGAAGGUGAUGGUACUUUUUUCCCAACUAGAAGAAUUCGCAGAAGAUCCGAUCAACCUUUUGAUUUGCCCAGACAUAAACUUGAAAGAAACUUUUCAGAUUUUGUAAGAUGAACACGUAUUUGUUCAUCAUAAUGUCACUAUCACAAUAAAAAUAGUGACUGCUUAUUCUUUAUCAAAUAUAAUCAUU